CGGUGAAGGACACUUUUGGAACACAUCAUCAUAGAAGCGGACUAGAGCCGAACACCUCCUCUGUGCGAGAGGACUUUUUUGCGACCUGACUCCCUUUCACCCUCCAUCUGGAACUCAAUCGCUAGAUGGAUGCGCUAUGGCACGACUUAUCCCUCGAGCCAGAACUAGCCGUACCCCAAUCGCGAAAGCAUGCCGCAUUCUCGCACUGCCUGCCGAGCUCCGCCUGCUCAUCUACAGCCACUUGGUCCCUGGGGGCUUCCUCCCGAACGCGCACCAUAAGACGUACAUUGGGCUCUUGCUCUCCUGCUCCCAGAUCUACCACGAGAUGGCGACAGAAUCCGUCCGCCUCGCGCCUCUCAUUCUGCACGAAAUACAAGACACCGCCUACGCAGCGCCAAUGAAGCUGCGGCCGCUUCAUCCAAUUAACCUUGCCUCAUCGAUGCACGUCACGGUCGGAAUACCCCGCUGGGCAAUGAGCAACAGACCCAUUUUGAGCGGGAUAGUAGUCGCUAUAAUUUCAUUACUGGAACUUCAUCUAGCCAGUCUUACCAUUGGAAUCGAGGAGCAUGAGAGUGAGUAUGAUGUCUGGCAGAUGUUUAACAUCGGGUUUCCACUUCUAAUGCAGUAUUUUAUGCACGGUGUGGAGGCAAGAGGAGCCGUGUUUCCUCCCGGAUACACCACGAACACAGAUCAUUAUCGCGAAAGAACAGCCUACUCGGAUAUUAUCACGCUUGCUAUGUCAAUGAACUGUCUCGUUGCGCCAGGUAUUUGCAAUGGAAAUCACCUGCCAGAAAAUAACGCUUGGUGUCUCCGUCGUCCAUCUCGCUCCUCACGACCGCCACUGCCAGCAAAUGCGUGCAAUAUUAGGAGGAUUGUAUUCUGUCUAAAGAGACUCCACGAUGAAGAUCACUCUGUUGCAGGUGGCCAAUUCCGCCGGCUCGUAUAUUCAUUCGGCAUAGAGAGUAUGCGCCAACGCGGUACUACUACGAGCCUACGAUCGUGCCCAACGACCGAAGUGCUUGCGUUACUGGAGGAGGGGUGGGAGGUUAGGUGGAUAGAUGAGAUGGGUAUAAAGAGGCGUUGCUCCAGAAGAAAGCCAGGUCUAUUUGUCUGGAAGAAGUUGGGGGAGAAGCCGGUAGAGAAGUCGGUAGAGAAGCCGCCAGGCAGGGUGAAGAAAGCGCUGGAGUGGCUGUUCAAGCGGUCGUAAUUGACACAUAUUCAGCGAGCGCUCAAACUCUCCAAA